AGUACUUCCGUUCCCUUCCCGACUCCUCGUUGCCGUUUUCGCUCGUUUUGUCGUUCGUUUACGGGGUAACUUUCGAACCCCUUCGAAGCGCCGCAGCGUCGCAGCGCGCGAUGCCGCACUCCACGUCGCACUCGAUCUCGACCGGUUCUCACAUGAGGGCUGCGUCCCAGACUCGUGCAUCCACCAGCAAGUCUUAUGGCGAUUCGAACAACGGCGGCUCGGCCCACGGAGAGACAGAAAAGUUUCCCGACUUCGACCCAGGACAGACCUUUCUGAAUGCUCAACCCUCGGGCCAGCAGCGGUGGCAACAGAAUGGCUUCCCAUCCGGCAACGGCGACGCUUCGUACUUGGGUCGCUGGCACCCGCGGAGGGAUAGCAGGGUGAAAUGGGGCCCGAGAGAGCCCAUCUCGACCUCGUCGACCCAUGCGAAGACGAACAGCAUCAGCAGUGCCGUCCACCGGAUCCGCUCGGCCAGCAUGAGCCAGAACGCACACGAGAUCGCCGAGGCACUCCGCGCGCCGAUCUCGUGGAAGCUGAUUGGGCUCUGCGUCAUGUGGUACUGGUCCUCCGCCCUGACCAACACCUCCUCCAAGACGAUCCUGACGGCCUUCGACAAGCCCGCGACAUUGACCCUCGUCCAGUUCGCCUUCGUGUCCACGUACUGCGUACUGUUCUCGUGGCUUGCCGCCACCUUCCCGCGGCUCAGAGAAGCUGUUCCGGCGCUGAGAUACCCGAUCAGGGCGCCUUCACGAGACGUGAUCAAGACGACCCUGCCGCUGGCCGCGUUCCAGAUCGGCGGCCACCUCCUGAGCUCGAACGCCACGUCGAGAAUCCCCGUGUCUCUGGUGCAUACCAUCAAGGGCCUAUCGCCGCUCUUUACCGUCCUAGCAUACCGCUUCAUCUUCGACAUCCGGUACCCGAGAUCUACAUACUUCUCCCUCGUGCCCCUCACCAUCGGGGUCAUGCUCGCCUGCUCGGGCAACCACACCUUCGGCGGCCAGUUCCUGGGCAUCCUCUACGCCCUCCUCGCCGCCAUCAUCUUUGUCACGCAAAACAUCUUCUCCAAGCGCCUGUUCAACGAGGCGGCGCGCGCCGAGCGGGAAGGCCCCCUCCACCAGUCCCGCAAGCUCGACAAGCUCAACCUGCUCUGCUACUCGUCCGGCCUGGCCUUCGUCCUGACGGGCCCGAUCUGGCUGUGGUCCGAGGGCGUGGGCAUCAUCGGCGACCUGCUGUGGGACGGCAGCCUGGACCUGAACAAGAGCCCCAACUCGCUCGACCACGGCCCGCUCGUGCUCGAGUACAUCUUCAACGGCACCUUCCACUUCGGCCAGAACAUACUCGCCUUCGUCCUGCUGUCCAUGGUCUCGCCCGUCACGUACUCGGUCGCCUCGCUGAUCAAGCGCGUCUUCGUCAUCAUCAUCGCCAUCAUCUGGUUCCGCAACCCGACCACCCCCGUCCAGGCGGCCGGCAUCGCCCUGACCUUCCUGGGCCUGUACCUGUACGACCGCAGCAACGACAAGAACAAGGCGGACCAGCGCGCCCGCGCCCUGGCCGACACCAGGCGGGAGGCCUCCCUGCUCCCGCUGAGCUCGAAGCACGCCCUGUCGGGGGCCGCAUCCGCGGCCGCGGCGCACAACGGGCAGGGCGGCGGGCCCUCGUCGGCGCUGCUGUACGAUAGCCCCGUGGGGAUCGGCGGCGAACCACCGGCAGCCGCGGCCCGCGCGUACACGCCGGGCAGCGCCGCGGCGGCGGCGUUUGCGUCGAACAGCGUCGUGAGCGAUCCCAAAAAGUCGGACGACGUGCCGGGCGGGCACGGCGGGGGCAGGAGCAGGGGCAUGAGCAACGCCGGGUGGCGGCCGCCCGGGACCAGACAGGAAGAUACGUGGCGGACGGGGGAUAGCCAAGAGGUGACGGCGAGGUGAGUAGUCAUCACCUCGCUUCGGACGAGGGAAUAUACGUCGGAAUGGAUGGAUGGAAAAACAUGGACACAAUGGACGGGAAUGGAUGAGUAGAUGGAUCAUGAGAGCGAAGGUCUAUUUUUUUGAUUUGAGCCAUGUCCGGGAUGAAAUGGAUUUAGGUUUCUUCUGGUUUCAAGAGGCGGUGGGUAUGAUGGUUUCGGUCCCUUUCCAAUAUUGGUCAGAGUA